AUGUUCAUUUUUCCUGUGGUUCUUGGCCACCAUUCGGUCCUUCUCCAAUCCAAUAAACCAUAUCGCAAAUUCCCAUAUCCUAUACUUCAUCAUCUGAUUGCAAGAAUGAUUAGUUCAAAGAAGAUCAUCCAAAUGGCUUGGAAGUGGCAGAAAGAGGCCACGAAUUACCAAAGGAAGAGAAUUCUAUGGCCCAAGACUCAAGAAAAUGCAGCAAAAGCAGAAGGUUGCAGCAGCGUGUGGACGAAGGCUGAAAAGGGUCACUUUGUUGUGUACAGCAUGGAUAAGAAGCGCUUUGUGCUUCCCUUACUGUAUUUGAAAAACAACAUCUUCACAGAGCUUUUCAAGUUAGCAGAAGAAGAGUUUGGUCUUUCAAGCAACGUGCCCCUAACGCUGCCUUGUGAAGCGACGUUGAUAGAGUACGUGAUCACGUUGAUCGACAAAAACGUAACCAAGGAUCUGGAAGAAGCCGUGUUAAUGUUCAUAGCUACUACUCGAUGCCAAUCGUCCUUUGAUCUUCAUCGUGAACCAACCAAUCAACAUUUGCUUUGCAGCUUCUGA